AUGAGGGUGACUGCUGUUGUGGACGAGCUCCGGAAGCUUCUCUCUGACAAAGAUGCCAACAAGUGUAAUGGAGCCUCGAGGAGAAUCAUCAGAGUUUUCAUUCCUAAGUACUCGGUUAACUUUUUUCACGAGCAGCUAUGUUGCUGGUGCUUGAAUUUCCAUGGCCGUAUCACAGUGGCUUCAGUCAAGAACUUUCAAGUGGUAGCAGCUAGCUGUAACGGUGGCGGUGGUGGUGGCACGUGGUUGUCAUCGGAGAGGCAAAGCAAGCGGAUAAUACUGCAGUUUGGGAAAGUCAGGAUAUGUUCACGAUGGAUUAUGGAUACCUUAUCUCAUCUUUCCAGGCUUUUGUCAUUUGCUUGA